CGGUGACAGCAGCGGCGGCAGCGACGCCGGCGGGCCGUCUCGCCGCUCUUCCCAGCGAGGCCGCCGGCGCGGCGGAGGGCUGUGCUCGCCCGGCUCUCCGGUGUUGCAGACACCCCGCGCCCGCGCGGCCCCAGCCGGUAAACAACGGAAUUGAAGUUUUGAAGGAUGGGUAAAGACUUUCGUUAUUAUUUCCAGCAUCCCUGGUCUCGCUUGAUCGUGGCUUACUUGGUGAUCUUCUUUAACUUCUUAAUAUUUGCCGAGGACCCAGUUUCUCAUAGCCAAACAGAAGCCAAUGUUAUUGUUGUUGGAAACUGUUUUUCAUUUGUAACAAAUAAAUACCCUAGAGGAGUUGGCUGGAGGAUCCUGAAGGUGCUUCUAUGGCUACUUGCCAUUCUCAUAGGACUAAUAGCUGGCAAAUUUCUGUUCCAUCAGCGUUUGUUUGGUCAGUUGCUCCGGUUAAAAAUGUUUCGAGAGGAUCAUGGGUCAUGGAUGACAAUGUUCUUCAGCACAAUUCUGUUUCUCUUCAUAUUUUCUCACAUCUACAACACGAUUCUUCUAAUGGAUGGGAACAUGGGAGCAUAUAUCAUUACAGACUAUAUGGGCAUCCGAAAUGAAAGUUUCAUGAAAUUAGCUGCAGUAGGGACCUGGAUGGGGGACUUUGUCACAGCUUGGAUGAAUUUUCACCAUGAAGUGAAUAUCAAUGAUGAAGGUGACUGUCAUGGAAAAGUCACUGAUAUGAUGCUUCAGGACAAACCCUAUCCUGAUUGGGGAAAAUCUGCAAGAGCUUUCUGGAAGAAAGGAAAUGUUAGGAUCAUUUUAUUCUGGACGGUUCUGUUUACUCUCACUUCUGUGGUUGUACUUGUCAUUACAACUGACUGGAUCAGCUGGGACAAGCUGAAUCGGGGAUUUUUGCCCAGUGAUGAAGUUUCCCGAGCAUUCCUGGCUUCUUUCAUCUUGGUCUUUGACCUCCUCAUUGUAAUGCAGGACUGGGAAUUCCCACAUUUUAUGGGAGAUGUUGAUGUAAAUCUUCCUGGGUUGCACACUCCUCACAUGCAGUUCAAGAUUCCUUUCUUCCAGAAGAUCUUCAAGGAGGAAUAUCAUAUUCACAUAACAGGUAAAUGGUUUAACUAUGGAAUUAUCUUUCUUGUCCUGAUUUUGGAUCUUAAUAUGUGGAAGAACCAGAUAUUUUAUAAGCCUCAUGAGUACGGACAGUAUAUAGGCCCAGGGCAGAAGAUAUACACAGUGAAAGACUCCGAAAGUUUAAAGGAUUUGAACAGAACCAAACUUUCCUGGGAGUGGAGGUCCAAUCACACUAACCCUCGGACUAAUAAAACAUAUGUUGAGGGAGAUAUGUUCUUACACAGCAGGUUCAUAGGGGCUAGCCUUGAUGUCAAGUGUCUGGCUUUUGUUCCGAGUUUAAUAGCUUUUGUGUGGUUUGGAUUCUUCAUUUGGUUCUUUGGACGGUUUUUGAAAAAUGAGCAAGGCAUGGAGAAUCAAGACAAAACUUAUACUCGCAUGAAAAGAAAAUCACCGUCAGAACAUAGCAAGGACAUGGGGAUCACUCGAGAGAACACACAGGCCUCAGUGGAAGAUCCACUGAAUGACCCUCCUUUGGUUUGCAUCAGGUCUGACUUCAACGAAAUUGUCUACAAGUCUUCCCACCUAACGUCAGAAAACUUAAGCUCACACUUGAAUGAAUCUACCAGUGGGACAGAAGCCGAUCCAGAUCCAACAACUUCUAAAAGUACACCUACGAACUAGAUUCACUUACUUGGAGACAGCACAAAAAGCAACCUUGAGUGUAACUUUAAAAAGUUAGUCUUUCCUUUUGUAAAUGUAAAGUUUACGUAGUGUUAGGUAAAGAAACACAAACAAUGCCACAACGGUGCUCAACAUGCUUUUUCUAGGACUCAUUGUUUUCUAUUUGUAUUAUAAUCUACGUGCCUCCUGUAUAUCUAACAGUCCUUUAGAGAUUGCUUUUCACAAUUGCACAAGCUAUUUACUGACUUUACAGCAUAGUAGAAGAUUAGCUGAUUACCCGUGUAUCUGAUGUUCAACCAUAGUGGUGCCUUGAGACAUUAAACUGUUUUUAACUGUACCAGAAAUGAAGUGUGGAACAAUUCUCUAACCUACUUCACAUGGGGUGUUUUUGUUUUUUGUUUUUUGUUUUUUUUUGUAUACAAUUAUUUUUGAUCUACACUUGAUGUCUUAGCAGGAAACAGAUAUAGCCAAUAUGUGGCUUAGGAAGUAUCUCUUUUACCUAUUCAGCAGUGGAGUUGGUGACUCUGACAGCAGGAUUGCAGAGAGGCAUGGUGAUUGCCUUUGAAUUUGUAUUGGCUAUCUGCCAAAUACAAAUACAGAUUCAAAAUUCAGUAAUAGGAGAACGAUAAUCCAGCAUGGGUCACUACUUGUGAAAUGUGACUUUCUCCAACCAGUAAUUGCAAUUAGAUGAUAAUACCUAAUUAUGUUUUCCUAAUUAAAGAUAAAUUGCUACUUGAUUAAAAAUCCUGCCCUUCACCUAUGGGAACAAAGGUUAAGAGGCACAGUUGGAUGAACUCUCAAACUUAUUGGCAUUUACACAAAGCUCUAGAAAACCAAGGAACUGAAGUUUUAAUCAUGUGAAGGUUGUACAGCCUACUAUCUACAAUAUUUGUACAUCUUUCUGUAAAUAUGGCUCUGGACAAUGAAAAUUGAACAACCUAUGCCAACCCUGAAUAAGGGAACUCCUCUAAAAAUUAUGCAGCAGAACCUUGUGAGGUAGAAAAAGAAGUGCAUGAAAGAAUCUGUUUAGUAGCUUGUUUUGUGUGUUUUUUGUUGUUUUUUUUUUAAGAAUUAAACAUCAUACAUUAAUAAAUAUGAAUUAUACAUCA